AUGGCGACCAAUUCGGAUUUCUCUCUGUGUACUGUUACAUCGACGGAAGAUGCAGACUGGCCAGCGCUGGAGGUGCGCCUAAAGACGGCCUUCGUUCUCCUGCGUUCGCGCUUCCCAAAUUUUCCACACUUCUAUGGCUUCUGUGAAUUCUACACCUUUGUUCGAUGCUAUAGGGCGGUCGGGCCCGACGAGCGCCAGAAUGAAAAUCAAACUCAAUACGGCAUGGUGCCUUGCUUUGACGACGAGGACCCCGGAGAGGAGCCCAGGAGGGAGUUCGUCGACCUACAAACGGACAGCGACUCGUUACGCGAAUGGACGAGAGACGAGGUUCGUCGCUUCCGUCCCCUUCAGGCGGCGGAACUCGACUUUCCCGGUCUCUGCGUCAAGUUUGAAUCACCCUUCCGUGAAACUUCUAGCCCGGUGAAUUCCUGCUUUGCCUUAGAUGAUGCUUCUAGUCGAUGCAAAGAGCAUGCUAGCUUUCAGAACUUCAUAGCCGGAAUUUAA